AUGCGCUGCGCCAAAGACAGAAAUGAGCAGAGAAAGGAGGAGAAGAAGGAUGCGGAAGAAGUGAAGAUCAGGAAAACGACAAUUUCGAGAAGGAAGAGACAUUUUAAAAGUGAGGAGAGCAGGAAAGAGCGAAAAAGAAGCGAAGAAGGUUCAGAUGAAGAGAAUUCGUUCUUGGAGCUUCCGAUGGUCGACUGGAGCACGCAGGAGCCGCUCUCUUCGCUAGAAGAGCUGCUCAGCGAUGCCAAUAUGAUACUCAUCGAGCAAAUGGACCGGGAGCAGGAGAACGAGAAGGGGACAGAAGAGGAGACGGUCGACGCGAAAAGCUGUGUGGAAGGGCUCAAAAAAGCAAUGAUCAGGCUCAACUCUCCGGCGCUCUCAUCGGCUCGUCGUCAACUGGAUAAGGUUGACUUGAAGGCGGCGAACAAGGUAUUUGGAAAACUUUGUGUGAAAUUUUGCUCCAUUGUGAACGAAUAGCUCGAAAUUUGGGCGCUACAACGGAUUAGAACUUGAACGGAAUAGAACUGUUCCGAAUUACAACUCCAAACGCUAAAAAACAACUAAGAGUUCUAAUUCGUAACAGUUCUAUUCCGUUCAAGCUCUAAUCCGUUGUAGCGCCCAAAUUUGAAAUUCCCGCCAAGCAAAUUCUCAGCUUCGUUCGCAAAAGAGCACAUUUGCAUCAAUUUUCAAAAAAACUCACAAUUUCAGAGAAUUCCAAUUCGCAAAAUCCAACUGGCUUUUUCCGCUGCACUCGCCAUCCUCACUCCGACAUUUUAG